AUGACUAACAAAUCAAUUAUGCUUCUGAGCCUGCUGGCUCUUCACUGCAUGUUUAUAAAUGGAAAAACAACAUGUAAAUGGCAAUUGGUGGAAGAAUGGCAUGCACAACCCUCAUCAUAUGUGGUGAAUUGGACAGUAACAGGAAACAUUUGCAUGGACGCCUAUGGAGAUUGCUGGUUUGAGGACAUAAAUACUAAAAUGAGUACUUCAGGCAAUCUAGCUGUCCCCCAGAUUUGCCCUUUGAAAAUUCAAUUAGGAGACAACCUUGUAAUUUCUUCUGAACCAUCUCUCCACUCUCCAGAACUAAAUUUGAUGAAUGUUUCUGAAGCAUCCUUCAUUGACUAUCUGCAGAAUACCACAGCUGAAGAGCAGUUACUUUUCGGUUGCAAACUAAAAGGAAUGCACACUGUUAACUCUCAAUGGCUGACUGUUGGGACACAUUAUUUUAUUACAGUAAUGGCAAGUGGUCCAUCGCUUUGUCAACUGGGACUUCGACUAAAUGUGACAGUGAAAGAGCAGUUCUGCCAGGAAUAUCUGAAUUCAGAAUAUUGCUCUGGGCAUGGUAAAUGUCUUACUGAAAUUUGGAGCAAGACAUACAACUGUCAUUGUGAGACUCCAUUUUCUGGAAAAUACUGCCAGGAAGUUGAUGCAUGUUCUUAUAAACCCUGUAAAAAUAAUGGCAGUUGCAUUAAUAAAAGAGAAAAAUGGAAUGAGCAAGGAUAUGAAUGUCUCUGUCCCCCACCAUGUCCAUUCUGUGAAGAGUCAAUGGGGCGUUGUGUUUCUUGGUCUUGUUGGAAAAGGGGAAUUUGCCAAAAUGAAAGCUCUGCUUACAUUUGUGAAUGUGCAGAAGGAUUUCUCAAUCAAGACUGUGAAAUUGAUGACAAGAAGUGUUCAUUAAUACCAUGUCAUAAGGGUAAUGGCUGCAAUGAUAUUUCAAAUGUUACCAUAUGCAUCUGUGCACCAAUAUUGACAGGCAAGCUUUGUAAGAGACUUCAAACAUCAUGUGAUUCAUUUCCUUGCAAGAAUAAUGCAACAUAUAUAAACUGUGAGAAAGAUUAUCAUUGCAGUUGUAUGCCAAGAUUUACUGGAAAAAGCUGUGAGAAAGUAAUUGACCACUGUAGACUGCUCAGCAUCGACUGUCUGAAUGAAGGAUGGUGUUUCAAUAUAAUUGGAAGAUUCAGAGUAAUAUAUAUGCACCCAGGAUGUGCAAGAAAUCCAUGUUGGUUUCUGAAGAAUGUUCGCUUAAUCCUUCUGUACCCUUGCUACGGUGGAUCCAUCAGCCAUGAUAUUUGCCAAACUAUAGUUCCUCAUUCUCUUAAAUUUAAAUAUGUGUCGCAAUUGGGAUUUACAGGGUCAUUUCAGUUUUCAUCAUCAAAGACUGAAGUCCCAAAAAUGUGUGCAAAUGGAUGCAUUUGUUUGACUGAAGAAGGAAAUAAGGGAUAUUUUUAUCUAUUUAUUCCCAGAAGUCCUGGGAAAAUGUAUCUGGAAAAUACAACUGACUAUCAAGAAAGUCAGUGUCAACUUGAAGCAAUUUAUGAAGAUGAAUUUAAUAUAUCUAGGUACUUAUACAUUAUAUUAUGUAUAAAAAUAUGA